UAUAGUUUCUGGAUUCAGGAUGGCAAAAAUGAGCUACAAUUGUGAAAUUUCUCAGGAAUUGUUGCAAUCCGCCAAAAGUCAUCAUCAACCUGUAACUCAUGCAUUAAGAUCGAGUAAGAUGGAAGCGAUUGGUGUGCCUCAAGGCUAUGAUGCCAGUGAGCCAGGAAAUAUCUUUGAGGCGCUUAGUACGGAUCCUGACAGGUUGAAACUUGAUGCCUUCCUGUACGGAAUUUCCCAUCAACAUCAUUUAGCACUAGAGCGCACCAGGCAAACGAAUACGGAAACCGCAGGCAAGAAAAUUGUGUCUGAAAUUCAUAAUUUCCUGGAAGAAGAUGUUGACUUGAAAGAUACGCACUUCAUGUGUAUUGCUGGGGAACUUAGUGCAUCGUUGGAGGUGUGGUGUCCUAAGUACGAGGUUUCUCAAAUAUAUCUACCGUGUGUUUGCCAAGCUAUGCAAGGAGUAGGCAGUGUGGCUUUUACUCUUUGUAAAAUAAAGAAGGACCUGUUUGCAUUCUUGGAGCCAAAAUGGGAAAAACGACAAACUCGACACCCAACGCAGCAUAAAAGUUUAAAUUACAGUUUUUUUCCCAACAUUUCUUGCCAAAUAAAAAUCUGAGUGAUUCUAAACUUUUGUGCCAUACGUAUAUUAAGAUGUUUGUAUUUUUUUAUUUUUUCUCUAGGAGAACUUGGAAUGGAGAAAAUGAGAGAAUAGCAGAAAAAAGAAA